AUGACCUUCUCAACUGUUUUUCUCACCAUUGGCCUCGGCCUUGGAGCCGCUGCGCUCCCAGCCAGCUCUGGCAUGAGAAACAUCAAAAAUGUUGUUGUUCUUGUCCAAGAGAACCGCUCGUUUGACACACUAGCCGGCGGAUUCACCUACAACUCUGCCAUCGACGGUUUGGUAAACAAUGACUACUGCAAUCUGGCCAAUGUCUCGGUGCCCACUUCAGAGAAUAUCUGCGCAGCUGAUAUUGCGAACAACAUUGCCUCAGAUGACCCCGACCACUCAAUUACUGGUGGAAACAUGCAGGUCUUUGGCACCUAUCAUCCUGCUGCAGAUGCAAAGUCGUCCAUGGGUGGCUUUGUCACCGAGCAGAGCUAUUACUACAAUCUUCAGCAAAACAUGAUGGAGGCAGCCGAAGUUAUUAAUUACUAUAAGCCCGAUCUUGUCCCAGUUACAGAGGCUAUGGCAGAGAAUUACGUGUUGUUUGAUAGGUGGUUUGCAGCUGUCCCAGGCCCCACCAAUCCCAACCGCGCAUAUUUGACUUCAGGAACUGUUCAUGGACAUGGAUCCAAUGAUAAUGCAUACAACGUCUCAAUGCUGCCACAAACAUCCAUCUUUGAGCAGCUGACCGAGCACAAUAUAACCUGGAUGAACUACCAAAACACCACAGGCAAAGGAUCCGCAAGUUUCCUCCCUGACGCACUUUUCUACCAAUGGACCGCCAAAUCGGGCAUGGGAGACACCAACGUGCUCCCUAUCAGCCAAUUCUACGAAGACGCGAAGAACGGAAACCUACCUCAAUUCACCUGGAUCAAUCCCGAGUGCUGCGAUUAUAUGUCCAUGCACCCGAAAUCCCCAAUCAACAUGGGCGAGAACUUUAUGAAGAGCAUCUACGAUGCCAUUCGCGGCUCUCCUCAAUGGAAAGAUACUCUGUUCAUUAUCACCUGGGACGAGCACGGAGGAUUCGCUGACCAUGUUGCUCCUCCAACUGGUGUUCCUGCUGGUGACAACAUCCCAUAUACCGAGCGUGCACCGGAUGGUAAGAACUAUACCUUCCAUUUCGAUCGGCUGGGAAUUCGUGUUCCGGCCAUGUUGAUCUCGCCUUGGGUAGAGAAGGGUGUUGUUCAGAACAAGCCUAGUUCGGGCGAUGGGGAUUUCACCCAUACUUCCAUUCUGAAGUUUGUCUCGGAGCUUUGGGAUUUGCCGACUUUGGGUCCACGGGUUGAUUGGUCGCCUUCCUUUGGGAACUUGAUUACCAAUAAGUUUCGAGAUGAUACCCCGGAGACGAUGCCGAAUGCUGCGGGCUACUAG